AUGUUGUUUCAAGGACUUGCACUGACUGCGGCUCUUGCCAACCUGGCAGCUGCACAGAUUCCGUCGGCUGUCGCCCCUGCUGCUUAUAACGCUGGUGUGCCGACGGGAACGCCGGUUCCUGGCGUUUACAGUGGUCAAUGGCGUCCCCAAAUCCAUUUUUCACCGCCGUCGAACUUCAUGAAUGACCCCAAUGGCUGCUUUCUCGAUGCCAAUGGGACAUGGCAUCUUUACUAUCAAUGCAAGUCUUCCGUCACUCACAACCCAGCACGUCCUGAGGCCGGUAACCAACAUUGGGGACAUGCCACAUCCAAAGAUCUCUACACUUGGGAGAAUCAGCCAAUCGCCCUUUACGCAACCGAGGAUACCCAGGUCUUCUCGGGUAGCGUUGUCACCGACCCAAACAACACUUCCGGCUUCUUCCCGAACCAGGACAACGGUGUAGUUGCUAUCUACACCCUCAACACGGCCCACGAGCAGACCCAAGCCAUCUCCUACUCCCUCGACGGUGGUUACACCUUCGUGAACUACACCGGAAACCCUGUGCUCAGAGCCAGCCCUCCAUCUUCCCAGUUCAGAGACCCCAAGGUCAUCUGGUACGAGGACCACUGGGUCAUGAGUAUCGCCUACUCACAAGAUUUCGUCGUUGGCAUUUUCACCUCCCCAGAUCUUAAGAAUUGGACCCAUGCCUCGAACUUCACAAGGAUGGGAGUUCUCGGCCUCCAAUAUGAAUGCCCCAACUUAGUCCGCAUGCCCGUUCUCGGUGAGGAACCAAUGUGGCUCAUGGUCAUCAGCAUCAACCCCGGAGGACCAAUUGGUGGUUCCUUUACCCAGUAUUUCCCCGGCACUUUCAACGGCACGCACUUUGAAGCCGUCGACGAUGCAGCCCGUAUCCUCGAUUUCACCAAGGACAACUACGCCGGCCAUUUCUUCUACGGCGUCCCCGAGUCCGAGGAUCCCGUCUUCAUUGCCUGGGCCAGCAACUGGCAAUACACCAACGAGGUGCCCACCGGCGAGCGUGAAGGCUGGAGAAGCGCAAUGACUCUCCCCCGGCGAGCUCACCUCAUCCGUAACGCCACUCGCAGCGGGUGGGUACUCGUCGGAACCCCGUACGAUUUCACGCCUCUCCUUGAUACACAGCUGGCCGUCGACGCCAACCUCGGCAACGGGACCAUCUUAUCAGACUACUCCUCCGUGAGCAGCGGGACCCUCUACUUCCAGGUUAAUGUGACCGGCCUUCAGCGGCCCGCGCUCGGGACAGGAACGCUGAACUUCACGUUCACGGCUUCGUCGACGCGGGAGUCCAUCACGGGCGGCUUCUACUUCGGCGGGACACCCGGAAACUUCCGCUACGACAACCCGUUCUGGGUGUCCCGCCACAACAUCCUGGGAUUUGCGGAGACGAAUCCUUUCUUCACGAAUAGAUUCAGCGUCGCCAACAUUUUGAACCCGGAUGGCACCUUCACGCUAGAAGGGGUCAUCGAUCGCUCGAUGCUGGAGAUCUUCCUGGACGGCGGGCGCAGCACUGGCACGACGCUCUUCUACCCCGAAGGCGUGCUGGAUACCAUGGAGGUGAGGACCAGGGAUCUGAACGAGGGUGUCGUUGUUAGUGUUGCCGUCUGGGGGGUGAAGAGCACGUGGGCCGGGCAGGCGAGUGAGGACGGGGUUGUGUAUGGUAACGUGACGACCGUCACGCCGACGGGCUACGCCGCGAUGCCCUUGCCACAAUGA